AUGUUGCUCAAGCCCGCGACACCCCUCACCAUCUUGCUAUUCAUCGCUUUUGCGUUAAUGCUAAUCACCUGCAUCUCCACCCCCAUCGUGAAGGGCAUUCCCCUCGCGACCUAUAAAAAUGUCGAUUACGGUGUUUUUGGAUACUGCGACAAGAAUUCGUGUACCGGAAUUUCCGUGGGAUACACAAGCACGAACGAUGGAAACGAAUUCGAUCUCCCCUCGAGUACCCGCAAAUCUCUCUCGGCCAUCCUGGUCGUUCACCCUAUCGCUGCCUUCUUGAACCUCAUUUGCCUCUGCCUAGCCGCCGCGGCGCACUUCCAUGGCCCCUCGCAUUCCCCGCGCUUCCUACUGGCCCUACUCAUCCUCCUCUUGCCCACACUUCUGGUCACCCUUCUUGCCUUCCUGGUCGACAUUCUACUUUUCGUGCCGCAUUUGAAAUGGGGUGGUUGGAUUGUACUCGCGGCGACCAUUCUCCUCGUCUCCUGCGCGGUCGUCACUUGCGCUAUGCGCCGGACCCUCGUCAGCCGUAAGGCCAGGAAGAACCGCAUCGCAGAAAACGCAGAGAUGAGUGGAGAGAACUAUUACAAUCGACAGAACGCAGCCGCAGCAGCGAUAACGAACGAUUUCCCUCCAAUCCCCGAUACGAAGGAACCCAUGGUAUCUGGAUCGUCCACCGAAGAGCCAUCGUUCGCCGCAUUCCGCACCACUACUCGAGAAAGUGAUGAUGACCGCACGCCGCUCAAUACCCGUACUGCAUUAAACGAUGUUCCCCCGCCCCCAGACCGUCGUGGAACUCCGUACCGCGCACAGGAUGAGGGUCUGCCUCCUACCGGCCCUUAUGGCGCUGGGCCAGGUGCUGGUCAAAUGAUGCGUAACCCAUCUGACCCUCGUCUUCGUUCUCAGUACUCCGAUGGUAGCAUAGGCCGACAAGGCACUCCCCCUGGAUUCGCUGCACCUGGGUUUGCUCCGCGUGGCCGGGGUGGAUACCCUCCCCGCGGCGCCUACCGCGGUGGCCCUUACAACGGUCCCCCUCGAAGCCGCGGCGGCUAUAUGGGUCCUAUGACUCCAAGAGGUCGCGGUGGACCGCCUCGGGGACCACCCCGUGGUGGGUAUGGGUAUGCGACUCCCCCAAACCGUGGCUUUGAUCCGUAUAGCCGACCGCUACCUGCCGACCAGGUCUAUGAGCCUCAUAACAUGGCAGCUGCUGGUCCAAUGCGCGAACCUUCUCCUGGCCCGAUCGGAAUGGCGGUGUCACCCGAAGCCGUAGGCCAGGCCAUUGAAAUGACCCACCAGCCACGGUAUCAUGCCGACCAUGAUUCGAUGGCCAUGCGUUCUGACUCCCAACCUCAUGCUGUGUCCGUGGAUGGUCACAAUAUGCCGCUUGAGAGCCCGACAAGCGAAUAUAGUCGUCCUGAUUCUUUUGUCCCAGCUCGUGCCGCAUGGGGUGCAAAUGAUGGUCGCCGUACUCUUUCACCUCGCCCGCCCCCAUCACCCGUGCAUACGACAACUCCCGGGGUUGCUUACUACGAGGACGUAGAUCCUCGGUUCGACCGUCAACCUUCACCUCAACCUCAGAAUGCCCAACAUCCUUCGGCUCUCACUCCUGGAGCAGUCCACUUUUGA